AUGGUUGAAGAGGCACUGUCUAACUUUGGUUUAUUUAUUGAUGAUGAAAAUAAAAUUCGUUUGAUCGAUCCUGAACGAGUGACUGACUCAGCUGAAUUACGUGAUGAAUGCAAAGAUUUUACUGAUAAUGUACUUGAAUUCAAGAAGAUCGUGGAUACAUUAAUUGAAAAAACUGAACAAUAUUCAAAACAAGUGGAAGCAGCAAGACUUAAAGCGAUGGGAGCGAAAAAUAUGUUGAAAUCCGCCGCUAAAUACCGUGAUUUUGAAAAACAACAAUUGCAAUCAUUAAUUAAAGAAAAAAUGGUCGAACUUGAACGACUUCGAACCGAAUAUGAAUCCUUACAAAAAACUGAGCGUGAACAAAGUGAAAAAAUGGAACAACUCUCAUUGAAAGCAGCAUAA